AUGGGUAUCUAUCUAUCUAUCUAUCUAUCUAUCUAUGUUCAUUUUUCUCCCUUUUUUAAUUCUAUCUAUCUAUCUAUCUAUCUAUCUAUCUAUCUAUCUAUCUAUCUAUCUAUCUCUAUUAAUUUCUCCCUCAUUGACCGGCUGUGUUUUUACUUAGUUUCUUCCCACAUCCUCUUCUCCUGCUUCCCCCUCCUCCUAUUCCUCCUCCACCUUCUUCUUCUUUCUCCUUCUUUCAACAUCAUCUUCUCCUUUUUCUCCUCCUCCACCUUCCUUCUUCUUCUCCUCCUUCUUCUUCUUCUUCUUUCAACAUCAUCUCCUUUUUCUCCUCCUCCUCCUUCUCCUCCUCCUCCUUCUUCUUCUUCUUCUUUCAACAUCAUCAUUUCUUCUUUUCUCCUCCUCCUCCUCCUCCUUCUUCUUCCAGUUUUUCCAGUUUUAAAAAUUAAUUUUUUUCCUUUAUGUUUUUUCGAUGUUAAAUCCACCAGAGACAUUCUCUCUCAGUUCUUCUUUUUUCUCCUGUUUCCUUCUUUUCUUUUUCUUCUUCUUCUUCUUCUUAGAGAGAGGGUGGGUGUAUCUAUCUAUCUAUCUAUCUAUCUAUCUAUCUAUCUAUCUAUCUAUCUCUCUCUCUAUAUAUUUGUCUACUUCUUAUAA